UCGGCCUACGAUAUAAUGGCCACCACCGAUGACACCACCGAGAUCAAAUUGAGGGCAUGGCCCGCACCACAAAAGGAACCGCUCGACCACAAAGACAUACUUGCGCAAGUGACGCAGCUUGCGGCCGAACGAGGGCACCUUCGAGGCAUCACCGAACAAUCUCUUCAAGAUGAGAUUGAAGCAAGCAAAAAUGAUAUCGGCGUUGUCAUGGAUGACUCCGAAGAGAAGAGCAAGCUCGACGAACCGUCUGUCAAGGAAAAGCUCGAGGAAAUACAUGCUUCCAGGAUGAGCAUGUUCAAAAAUCUUGAGCUCGCUGCCUUUCACGCUGGAAAUGCCAUGAACUUGGUAAAUCUUGCUCUAUCCCGGGAUCCGACUAAGAAUUUGGAAUCAGCAUACACGCCAAUGUUCAAAGAGGUUAACAUCCCUCGCGGCUCGGUUGGUGUAGACAAGGGAAUCACGCUGGAAGAGUCAGGAAGACCUGAGGAUAUAGCUUUGCAUGAAGAUCUGAAGAAGCGUCAGAAUGUGGUCGCGAAGGGCUCGAAGAUGGAAGCUCUGGACUGGUCCACCAACAGCCUGCUCAAGGCUGCAACAGAACUGGAAACCGAGGUUCGGAAGGAAACAAAGUAUUGGGAAGAAGUUCUUUCUAUAUCCGGAAAGGGUUGGUCGCUGCAACGGACCCGUGGAGAAAAAGGAAAUGCUCCAUAUGCCGUGCAUUAUGGAGUCCCUGAAGCGAACAGUCGUUUCAAAGCACGCUCUUUGGCGCCAUUGCGCAUGAACAAAGAUGGUGGCAUCAUCCUGGACCCUAAUUUGAAGCUCAAGCCAAAGACAUUGCGCGUGCGCAUCAUGGACAAGGAGCGAAUUAUCGGUACCUCACAUCUGCCCACGCAAGGCUUAGAUGAAAUCGACAUUGAGCAGUCGAUACAGCUCUCCCGCGACUCACUCUUCGAAGAAGAGCUUUUCUAUGAGAUGUCCAUGGAAAGUCGGCAACUUCUAGGGUAUGGGGUAGAGUUGAGGGACUCCGUCAUUCAUAUUGCUACGCCGGGAUCGAAUGACCAAGCCAGCCAAAGGAAGAUUUUAGUAGACUGCAUCGAUCGGGAUGGACAGUCGGCACUUGAGGUCGAUCAAUCUCAGGAUUGGCUAGCACAUAGCAUCGCGGAAGCAUUGCGAUUACUACUUGCGCAUGAACACCGCAUGCGCUCGCAUAGGCGGUCACAGAUACCGCCUCCCAUGAUUGACCGUGGACGACAGCAAUCAUCCCCAAGACUCAUACGAACACUGCUGGCCAUGUUCAGUCAUCUUAAAACUGUCGAUUCCAUGCAUGCAUACCUACACAUGACUGUCAAGACUGUCAAGAGUGCUGGUUUGGAUAUAACGCUGAAGGCUUCGCGCGAGUCUUUAUGGGUCAAGCUCGCAGAGACUGUCAAGGACUCAGAGAACACUGAUAUUCCAGCGACCGAUCAGGUACUACAAGCCUUCAUAAGGGCUUUCGAUGCUACUGCAUCUAUAGUACUUCCCUGCAGUGGAGCACAACCGGAAAGCAUCGUAUUAGACACGCGAACGUAUAUUGGACAGCCAGUUUUUGGCUCAGAACAUAAGCUGACACUGCCGCCAUCGCUGGCCAAAGUGCUGGAUUUAGAGCCGGACCAGCCACGCCAGUUCAAGUUCUCAUCUACUGAAGAUGCUGCAUCGUAUCUGGACUGGAUUCUCGCUCUGUACAUUGCACAUGAUUAUCUCGCCAACGGAUUUUCUGGACGAUCAUCAAUAAGAAGUGAGGAUCCACGCUUGAUCAUCAUGUCAAAAGGAAGCAGCAAAGGUAGAGUUAGAGAAGACGAGAUAGCCAUUGAGCUGGACAAUGGUUCACUUAAUGCAAGCGCAACAUUGAAAAACCAAACAAACGAAGGAGCGACUACGGAGUCUUGUACAUGGAAUGGUGCACAAACAGGACCGUCGUUGAGAGACACGGUCAAAGGCUGGAUUGGUUAA